GACGAUUUCGUUUGUUUUCGCUUUUCGCGGAGGUUUGCAAAAUAUCGAGUUACUUGUAAACUACCACGUUUUUGUAAGCAGAUUCCUGUAUAGCAACCAAUUUUCCCCUUCGAUCGCACGAUAAUCUGUCCCCGGCAGUGCAUAUAUUGCGGUAAAUUGGCUUCGGCGGGAAGAAACCAAGAUGGUUAUUGAGAAAGUUCACGGUUUGCAUUCUACCGGCAUCAGCCUGAGUGACCGGUUCAGCAUCCUGGCCAGCGCCCCGGCAGUGCCGCCGCGCGCCCGCAGCCAGCGCCCGCGCACCCGCCGCCACUCCGCCGGGGGCUUCCUCAACGCCAUCGGAUCCCUGCUGGCCCACGAUGGAGUCAACAACAGGAACUUGGUCGACCAGAUGGCGCGGCGCCUAGAGAUGCAGUACAGACGGAGGGAGCUCCGUCAGCGCCUUGGCAACGCUGGGCUGCGGCGCGCGGGCAGCGAGACCAACAUGCCAGGGCUGCGCCAUGCGAACAGCUUCAGCAACCUCAGCCAGGCCAGCUUCCGCAGCCACAACAGCUGGAGGGGAUCUAAUGGGAAUCUCAGUCGAUCAGCCUCUUUCGGCAACCUGUCCGGGCGCGGGCGGGGGCGGCUGCGCGGGCUGGCGCGCCGCGGGGGCGCCAACCAGCAGCUGCGGGGGCGCUUCGGUGUCCGUCAAGGCCGCAUCACUCGCGCCUCCGUUCAACAACAGGGCGCGGCGCGGCGCGGGGGUGCGAGGGGGCGCGGCGCGCGGGGGGCGGGGCGGGGGCAGGGCACCCCCCGGGCGCAGGGAGCGCAGGGGGCGGCGCGGGCGCGGGGGCGCGGUGGACUGCGCGGCAGGGGACGAGUCGAGGCCAUAAGCCUGGCGGCCAUAUUGCGUCGCUUGGACCCCGCGUCGGAGCGGCGCUACUGGCGCCGGGCCGGGCCCGACCUCACGCGGCCCGCCAGGCGCGCGCGGCCGGCGACACGGAGGCGUGAACCGUCAAGACCAGAGGCCGGUGCCUUCUAGAGAGGAGUUAGACAACCAACUGGAUGAAUACAUGGCGUCUAGUAAAUCAGCCCUGGACAGAGACCUAGAUGCCUAUAUGAAAUCCGCGAUGGAAAUGGACUCUGAGCUCUAAAGUGUGCGUAGUGUAGUGCAUAUUGGAAUGGAAGAGGACUGUGGCAAAGAUAAGAGAUUAUGGUGUUAGGUUAAGUAAAGAGUGUUGUGAGAUGGGUGAGGCCUAGGUACAGUUGUCCAGCAGUGGACGACUGAUGGCUGAUGACCAUAAAUAUAUUAUAAUAAAGGGCAUAGGAGUGGGUACUACCAAGAUUGGGUGACCAUGCAUAUGUUGGAGGAAUGGAAUUUGGUUGUACGGAUAUUUAUGUGUAUGACUUCUACCUGUAUGACAUAGGUAAGAGAAAGGUUGAUGAGUAUCUUUCUAGUUAGUCUAGCCUGCUUCUCAAUGUCUGAAUUGAUUAUCCUAAACAUACUUGCUUGAAUACUCCGAAUUGUAUUAGAUUUGAAGAUUUAUGACAAAUCUCAUGAAUUAUCUUUACUGGCAAGUAAUUAAAAUGUAAAUGGCAUUUAUUAUGGAAAUUAUUAGUUUUACUCGGACAUUGCGAAACAUGCCCACAGCCCUUAAUCAUUGAAUAUCGGGCAUUUAUUGUAACUGUAACAGGGAAACUAAAAAAAACUAUUAAGUAUAAACUUAUUUUUGUCUUUCGAAUGUAAAUAAAGUAAGAUUAAUGAAUGUAACAUUCAUAUUAUAUUAUAAUAUAGUGGUUAUACAAAAUACACUCACGAACAAUGAAAAAGUUCCAGUGACAUAUUCGGUAGUGUACACUGUACAACAAAAAAGUUCUAAUAUAAUAAAUCAUUUAUUGCAGACUGUAAGUCCAUAAAAAGUUAGUAACAUGAAUUUCUUAAAAUAUAAAUCGCGGGCUUCAUGCCAGAGGGGCGUACAUGCAAGAUUUCGAUUUUGCGUUUUUCAUGCCAAUCGAUUCCUAUACUAGUAAUACACGAUAUGUAAGUUAUACCUGGUUUAAAACUUGUUGGAGAGAUCUGAUGCGGAAGGAAUUCUACAUCGGUUUAACGUUAUUUAUAGAAAUACACGCUAAAAUAAUCAUUCUCUGGGCUUUCAAUAUUUUUUCCUAACAUAAGUGUAGGUGUAGUCAAACCAAAUUAUCUUACCCACCAUAGAUAAAGGGUAACUGCAUUUUUGGACUUGAUAUAGUUAUAUACUUAACUUUAUACUUGUAUCUCUUGCAGUCGACUACUCGAUAAACUUUUUGAUUAACAAUAAUAACAUGUAUGUGUACCUACUCUUUAUAUGACUUAAGACAAAUCAAAUUAAAUAUAAUUGAGUAUAAUUACGAUUCCAUUGUACUUAUAGAACUCAAAAUCUAUAAUAUACACAUCUUACUCUACGACUUUUGAAUAAAUGUAGGCUGCUUAAUUCAGUAUAAGUAUUAAGUUAACACAACUAAACAUACAGUCAUUUUCUUAAGUACCUCAGAAAAAAUGUAUCUUAGUUUGUAUUUUAUAUAAUUUAAGGCAAUAGUUUGUAAGUUUUGAUUAUUUUCUAAGUUUUCUAUCAAUGUGAAUAGUUUUCCUGUUUCUAAACUUUCGCACAUGAAUGUGUUUUAUCCCUGAUUUCAUCUCAUGAUCAUUAAGAAAUUGUACCUACAUAUCCGUAGAUAUGCUUAA